AUGUCCUUCCGUUGUAAAGCCGUAUCGUUCGCGUCAUUCGCUGUGCUCUGGUGGGCCACUGUGUCUGCGAACACGAAAGUCGAAUCAGAUCACUCCGAGCAGGUCUGGCUGGGGGCGGACAGGAGGUACUUCUCUUUCGUGGACCGGAAAGGAGCUCUCAGUCUAAGCUAUGAAGAAGCAGCGAAGAAAUGCGCAAGAGAGAAAGCGACCAUAUGGGACAUCAACUCCGACGAAACACUGAGGGGCGGGACGAAAAGAGCAGAUCAGACCAUUGCGAAAGAAGUCCUGCAGGAACUCCGCGGAAAGACCGAGGUUGCCGCGCAAAUAGAAGGAGAUGAGAUACUUAAGCGACUCAACCUUGUUUUUGGCAAAAGUUUGUCCUCGGAAGAUUGUAAACUGUAUGUGGCCGGGCCCUUCACUCAGGACUUCUACGCAUUUACCUAUUAUGAUAAUUGCUCGUCGCAAGAUGGAACCAGCACCCCCAUUUGGUUCGUUUGCCAAGCGGUGGAGGAUUCGGGAGGGACUACAACUACAGAACCACCGGAGAAGAAAGAGUCGUCUGCUUCUCCGGCAGAGAAAGAAACGUCGACGUCAUCGAUUGGAACAACGUCGGAAGGGUCGCACGUGACGCCAGGCGACCGAGUCGACCAAGAAACCAUCGAGAGAAUAAACAAAUCGAUUGCGGAGGAGAAGGAUGCCGGGAAACUGAUCGACGAAGUCACCAAUCGUAUCAGAGAUCUCAAGAAACCGUUCGCGGGAUUGAAAAGCUUCCAGGACAAGCUCCUCGACGCGAUUCAGCGGUUGGUUGAUCGAGAUCCGCAGAGAGCCUCGGCCGCUACGGAGGACUUGUUUUCCAAGACCGUUCCGGAGCUCGCUGGGCAAAUGACGCAUCCCGAAGAGUAUGUGAGCAUCCUAAGAUUUGUCGCGAAUGUCUCAUCGGAGAUCGCUGUGCUGACCGACGUCAACACCACCAUCUCGAAUGUCCGUCCAGGAAUCAAGUCGACGGUCCUCUAUCGAGUACAGACCCUUAAGCUGCAGAGAGAUCUCAUAUACGAUUCCCGAGUGAGAACCUCCGCCGUGAGAACGAAAUAUACGGGAGAAUUUACUGAGGGGACCAUUGUCACUACGCAUAUGGAGUUCGAAAAUAAGAUCGUCCAGAAUCAAAUGAUCGACGCUACUUACAACGGUCCGGAGAUGUUCUCGAGCGAUCUGGUCGAGUUUUUCAUGAGACUUGGCAACGGAGAAAAGCAUGUCGGCGAAGUGAACUUAUUCUUCGACCGGAGAACCAAGCAAGUCAGAAGAGCUAGCAGUCACGAGUGCGUCUACUAUAACAUCGGCAAAGGUGUACUUGACGACGGGGGAUGCGUGUUCAAAGGAGUGCAAGACGGGAAGAUUCAUUGUUUUUGCAACCACACAACGACGUUCGGAUCCGUUUUCCUCCCCGAGAGUUUCGACGGCAACUUCGACGUAGCCCUCAACGUAUUCAGUUACAUACUGGAUUUCUUCAGUCUGACAGCUCUGUUUCUGUCCAUUCUCAUCUUUGGUUUGGUUCGUCAAAUAAGAUCCCUGCUCACAGUGAUCCAUCUCAAUCUCUGCCUGUGUCUUUUCGUUUCCGAAGUCAUCAUCGUAAUUCAUAGUUUCGCUUAUUCGUUCUCCGAAAAGUACGAAUGCAGCAUCUACCUGGGGAUGCUGGUGCACUACACUUUCCUGGCUGUCAUCGCUUGGUCUACUCUAGAGGGCAUCUACAUUCUGCAGCUCAUGAUUGUCGUCUUCAGGCCACCGGAGUCGCACACCCGUUUCUACAUUGCAGUCGGCUACAUGGUGCCUUUAAUUUUCCCCGCCAUAGCCGCUACGUUCGACAGGCCUUAUUCGUCUAAAUCGGGUCAGCUCUGUUUUCUGGACCAAAGGAAAGAAAGCGGACUCUACUGGACGUUCCUCGGUCCGCUAAUGCUCAUGUUGACUGUCAACCUUGUUGCGAUAUCGGCUGUGAUGUAUCGCUUAUGCACAAUCAAUCGAACCGUGAGGACAGUCAAAUCAGAGCUCCUCAGAUAUCUUCGCGGGAUAAUCUGCAUGACUGCUCUGCUCGGACUUCAAUGGACGCUGGGCUUUACUUCGAUUCUAUUCGACUACGGUUUCAUCAAGUUCUUCUGCAUUCUUCUCUUCGUGUUCUUCACGCUGUUGCAGGGUCCCCUGAUUUUCUUUGUGCACAUUAUGCUGGUGAAGGACACACGUUACGCCGUCGCUCGAUAUCUGUCCAAGAGGGGGCGAGUUUCGAGAUGCUUAGCGAACUUCAUUCGUCCUCCACCUCCCGCAAUGGAGACGAACCUUCAACACGGCAACAGCUCGACAAAAUCCACGGAGGUAGCCUCAUCGAAUCACUCAUCCUCAGCCCCUCAGACGCCAUUGGAGCUGAAAUUCGUCACGGAACACCCGGCGGGACGUUCGAACGGGGUCAAAUGAAACCUGAAGGAAGAGGACCCUCCGUGUAAAAUGUAUUUAAGAAUGUAUAUCGUUUCUAUCGAGAAACUGUGUUCGGUACACAACAGGAGAUGUACGAGUCGACCCUCUGGAAUCACUGUUAGGCUGCGACCUCGAUUCGCAAUUCGUCGAAGCAUUCUCAGAGGCCAUUCCGGGAGGAGAUCUAUCGAAAGCUCGUUCCAUGCUUCAGCGGAGUCAUUCGCCCGUUCCGAGCAUGAGGGAUUUAUUUCAGUUUGACUCAACACGAUGAACUCAAUAAAUUAAAUCUGUUCAC